AUGGCCUCCAAAAUCGCCAUCAUCAUCACCAGCACCCGAACCCCCCGUCUCGGCCCCAACGUCGCCUCAUUCGUCCACAAAGUCCUCACCCCCCUCGCCUCAUCCUCCUCGGCGACCCUCUCCAUCGUCGACGUCGACACCUUCAAGCUCCCCGUCUACGACGAGCCCGUCAUCCCCGCAAACGUCCCCGCCCGUGGCCAGUUCAUCCACGAGCACUCCAAGCGCUGGUCCGCCGAAAUCGCCUCCCACGACGCCUACGUCCUCAUCGUGCCAGAGUACAACUACGGCGUCGCGGGGAGCACCAAGAACGCAAUCGACUACCUCAAGAAUGAGUGGGACGGCAAGCCCGCCGCCAUCGUUAGUUACGGCAUUUCUGGUGCAAAGAUCGCGUCUGAGCAGGUCAAGGGCUCGCUCGAGGGUGUUGGCCUCAGGGUCUCUGCUACUAGGCCCCAGCUUGCCUUCUCUGGCGGCGUUGGGCCCGACGCUUUCCUCGCUAUUGGUGAGGGGAAUCUGGGCGAGGCCACGAGAAAGGAGUGGGAAGAGAAGCACACCGAGGAGAUUAUCCAGUCCUUCAAGGAGAUUCUCGAUGCCCUUGCGAACCCGGUUGAGAAGAAGAAGAACUAG